AAUUACCACAAAACCCCACUCUCUUUCAAACCCUCUUCUUCCCCCACACAAGAAACAGAAACAAGGGUUAUAUACUUUUUUUUUUUUCCCUCCACAAACUCAAUCUCUCUCUCCACUUUCACUUCCAAAACAACACAACCAUGGACGGACUAAAUAUUCCUUACAACCCUCGUACUGUCGAUGAAGUCUUUCGGGAUUUCAAAGGUCGCAGAACUGCAUUAGUCAAAGCCCUAUCUACUGAUGUCGAUGAAUUCUUCCGGCAGUGUGAUCCCGAUAAGGAAAACCUUUGUCUUUAUGGAUCUCCCAGUGAGCAGUGGGAGGUGAAUCUGCCAGCUGAGGAAGUGCCGCCUGAGAUUCCAGAGCCAGCAUUGGGUAUUAACUUUGCGAGAGAUGGGAUGCAAGAAAAGGAUUGGUUGUCUUUGGUUGCUGUACACAGUGAUGCUUGGUUAAUGUCUGUGGCUUUUUAUUUCGGUGCUCGGUUUGGAUUCAGUAAAGCUGAUAGGAAGAAACUAUUUGAUAUGAUAAAUGAUCUUCCAACCGUCUUUGAAACUAUUGCAGGGGUUGUCAAGAAACAAGGAAAGGAAAAGUCGUCAUCGGUUUCUAAUAAUAGCAGUACCAAAUCUAAAGCAAACCCCAAGCAAGGUUCUGAACCUCAGGCAAAAUUUUCAAAACCAAUGGCAAUGCAAAUGCAAAUGCAAUCAAAGGAAAAUGAAGAGGAUGGUCUAGGUGUGGACGAGGAAGAUGAGGAAGAUGAGGAAGUUGUGGAAGAUGACGAAGAGAACGGAGAGACUUUUUGUGGGGCAUGCGGAGAGAGCUAUGAAACUAACCAGUUCUGGAUUUGCUGUGACAUUUGUGAGGUGUGGUUUCAUGGAAAAUGCGUGAAGAUUACUCAAGCAAGAGCAGAUCAUAUCAAACAGUACAAAUGUCCAUCUUGCAGCAGCAAGAGAGCUCGCCCUAGUAGUUUGAUAUAGGAGUUAGUGUAGAUUGGUGACUCUAAUUUUUCUCGCUUUUAUGACUACUAAUUUGUUCAGUUGAUCAGGCUCAUAAAACUUGCCUUUAAUUUUAAGGUAUGUUAGUUAUAUUAGGUACAUAUGCUACUAUCGAACUAUUCAGAAUCAGGAUAUUUAUUGCAGAAACAGAAUUUGACAUAAUGUUCUGUCUCGUGUUUUCUUAGAUUUUAAUGUUCUGUACUUGGUGUUUAUACUUU